AUGCGGACAUCCGAAAGACGGAGGAAAUUCAGCAAUGUUUUCUGGCAAACAAAGCAGGCUCUCCGUAACAGCGGCUACGAGGACGCCACCACUGAAGAAAUUAAGGAGUACUUAUCAUCUGGUGAACUGCCUUGCAGACAAUUUGGACCAACCACCUUCUCGUCGUUACCCGACGCGUUCAGAUACCUGAACGAAAUUAACAAUGAAGAUAUGCCGGAAGCAGUUCCUCUACCCGACACUCCGACGUCCCUGGAAGGGAUAUUUACUCAACCUUCUCUGGCCGGAGAAUUGGACGCCACAUCUUUGGAAGAUAUUCAAGAACUUUUAAAUAUCGAUGUCCCUCCGCAACCACUCUUCGACGCAGAGCCUGAUACCACGCCCUUAGAUGACCUCAUCUCGCAAGCAUUGGAGGACUUCCCCGAGGUCGCCAACGACAAUGAAGAGAAGGCAAAUGCUGAUGAUCUCUGCACCGUGGAGGCUCCCUUUGGUUCAUUGUGCGAAGAUAUCGGACAGGAGAAGAGGACGACAGACGCCAACGACAAAGAAAAUGUCGGCGUCCAGCUGCAACAACUCCUCAAUCACAUAGUAGAACGAUGCAUCGAUGUCAACACCACCCAAUCCUCAGAGAUCCAAAAGAAAGCAUUGAGGGUCACCCAGGAGAAUAUGCGUACUCUGAAAGGGUCUAGAUGGCUGAAUGAUUCCAUAAUCAACCCCUAUAUGACGUUAAUAGCCGAGAGGACGCCCAAAGAAGGCCAACCAAAGGUCCAUACCAUGAACACCUUCUUCUACACAAGGCUCACUACUGGAAGACACCCAAGCGUCAGACGGUGGACUAAGAACAUCGACAUUUUCGCAGUUGAUCUCAUCCUGGUGCCCGUCCACCUGGGCAACCACUGGUGCCUCGCCACCAUCAAUAACCCUAAAAAGACUAUCAGAUAUUACGAUAGUCUCCUCAACCCAAACAAAAACUGUUUGAUCACCUUGAAGGAGUAUUUAAUGGCGGAGCAUCUCGACAAGGAGGGGACCAUUCUGGACUUCAGCGGAUGGAAGAUGCGUCAUGCCGCCAGAAUUCCGCGGCAGACUAACAGCCACGAUUGCGGGAUCUUCGCGUGUCAGUACGCCAAAGCCAUCGCCACCAACAGGAAGAUCACCUUCACCCAACAAUCGGUGAAGAAGCUCCGAGCGACCAUGGCCCAGGAGAUUACUGCGGAAUAUUUGCUGUGA